AUGAAGGUUUCGUCCGUCCUCUCAUCAGCCGCCCUGGCAUCGGUCGUGUUCGCCGCGCCUUCGGUCAAGCCACGCGGCGACUCAACCACAGACGGGGCUCAGUUUGCCGAUCUCACUGCCAGCAUCCAAGCUAAUGUGUUCAAGUCACUAGAUGAGCGGGAGGCCAGGUUGAAAAAGCGCGGUGAAUCAGCCAACUGCACGACAAGCAACAUGGUCUUCCGUCGGGAGUAUGGCUCGCUUUCAUUGACCGAGAGGCUUUCUUAUGUGAACGCCGUCAAGUGUCUUCAAAGCCUGCCGCCACGAACGCCGGCUAAUGUCUCCUCUGGUGCUCGAUCUCGGUUUGAUGACUUUGUCGUGACCCAUAUUCAGCAGACCAUGACGAUCCACUACACGGGUAACUUUAUGCCAUGGCAUCGCUGGUUCGUGCAUCUCUACGAGAAGGCUUUGCGCGAGGAAUGUGGCUACACCGGCUAUCAACCUGUGAGUUUAGACCAAAUCUUGACGGUUGAUUUCCUUUCGCUCAUUGUGAGAUAUCAGUACUGGGACUGGCCUAAGUACGCUUCUGCGCCUGAAUUAUCCCCUAUCUUCAACGGGGACCCUUACAGUCUCGGCGGAAACGGCGAGUACAUCCCCCAUGAUGGGCCUGUCAUUGAGCCUCCCGUGGGAAUUGGCGGCUCAAGCAUCCAGCUGCCUGCUGGUGUCGGCGGAGGUUUCGUGACUACUGGGCCUUUUGCAAACAUGUCUGUCAAUCUUGGCCCGGUCGGUGGCCUUGAGGGCACAGCGCCCGGGCCGGACGGUGGCCUGGGCUACAACCCUCGCGGUUUGAAGCGCGACGUGGGCCCGGCUAUGAACCAAAGAUACGCGAACUACACAACGGUGUUGAACUUGUUGCUCAAGCCCAACAUCUCGGAAUAUAGGCUUUUGAGCGAGGGAGUUCCUUACACCCCUGAGAUUGGACCUCAUGGAGGAAUGCACUAUGCCAUCUCCGGUGAUCCAGGCGCGGACCUUUUCACGUCCCCUGGCGACCCUGCAUUCUGGGUUCAUCACGGUAUGAUGGACCGCAUGUGGACUUUUUGGCAAGCGCUGGAUCCUGCCGCACGUCAACAGGAAUUGAACGGAGGUGAUUACGGUCACAUUACCUGGGCCAACAGCCCGCCAUCCGCGAAAACUCAACUCACGGAUGUCAUUGAUAUGGGAUACACGGGUCCCUCAAUCAAGAUUGCAGAUGUGAUGGACACCUUGUCAGGACCAUUCUGUUACUUCUACCUUUGA